AGGUGCGACAUUUGCUGCAAUGAUUGGCAGUGGAAUGGUUGCGAGAUCGAUUCCCUACCAGGAGGGCUUCGGUACCAAGCAGCUUGCGUGGGCGGCACAUGCCGGCAUCAUGGGAGCCGUCGUCGCACCUCUGACGUUACUCGGUGGUCCCCUGCUCAUCCGAGCUGCGUGGUAUACAGCUGGCAUCAUAGGAGGCCUAUCUACAGUGGCUGUGUGUGCACCCAGUGAGAAAUUCUUGAACAUGGCUGGACCACUUUCCAUUGGGCUCGGUGCGGUCGUAAUGGCUUCAUUAGGCAGCAUGUUCCUGCCGCCGACGACCGCGCUAGGCGCGGGCCUCUACUCGCUCAGCGUAUACGGUGGUCUCGUGCUCUUCAGCGGAUUCCUGCUCUACGACACGCAGAAGAUCGUGCGCGUCGCCGAGACACACCCGAUGUACGCGGUCGCGCGCCGCUACGACCCCGUCAACAUGUCGAUUGGAAUCUAUCUGGACACGUUGAACAUAUUCAUUCGGAUCGCAAUGAUCCUGGGUGGUGGAAACAGGAGGAAGUAAUGGGCAGAAGAGGCACAUAGACCCUCUCAGCAUAACUUGCAGGCAAAGUUAGAGCGGGGAACCUACAUAUGGGCAAUACAGGCUACAUUCUGAUUCGAAAAAUGAAACGAUUUGGUUUUAAUAGUAUAAUCAUAACUUCUUAACCAUACAGAUAGUUAUAUAAUAGCUUGCGACUUAGUGCUGGGACAUGCAAAUGCAGAUAUUCAAGAUUUUGCGACAAACCUUGCAAUAUUCUUGAAAAGAGAGGGCCAUUGAGUUCAGUUGCAAACCUGAAUGAUUUCAGUGGACCUCACUUGUUUGCAUAGCAGAGAAACGACUAAUGCUUCAACAUUAGCCACGGUUGUCGCACAUCAAAAUAUUUUGAUAGUUUUACUGGCAUUCCUUGUGUGUGUUAUCGACGACUGAGUGUUACACUAUUAUUUCGUGAAGCAGAGCGAACCAAUAACUUUUGAAGCUGCUGGAUCGCGCCAAUGAACGUUAGAGAGCAUAUUUACGCAAUUUGGUUAGAGCUCACGAUUCAUAAAUAAAAUGCUCAGGUUAACGUUUUGUUAACGUUUACUUCCAAUUUAGUCGUGUCCUCGAAUCUUGCAUUCAAACGGUCAGGAAUUCGUGAAUCAGUGAAUCCGAAAUCCUAGGCAGAAAAGAUAGAUGUAGUAACAGAAGAAAUAGUUGGCACUGCAUGCUAGCAUGAGAAUAUGUAUGCUAGUAUAUAUGGAUGUAUGUAUAUAUAUAUAUAUAUUCAUGCUGCUAUAUGCUGUACACUGGAAUGAUGCAGUUGCUUUAACUUUUCUGUAUAUUAUUUAUAUAUUCAUAAGUAUGUUAAAUAAAUUACUUACAUUGUUGUAUAUA